GACACAUUAAAUGUUGCACAAUGCAUAAUGCUGGCAGAUAUGUAUAAAGGAUUCCCAUGUCUUUGGGAUGAAACAAAUAUAUCAUUUAGAUUCAAUAAUAGGCGACAAGAAGCAUUAACUGAUCUUCAAGAAGAAUUUAAUAAACAAUCUGGAAAAAAUCUAACACAAAAUGAAUUGAAAUACGAAAUCGCACGACUGCGCAAAAUGUGUACUAAUGAAAAGAAGCAAAAAUUAUUUUGUCAACAAGAAAGUUUGAUUUAUAUACCAACAUGUGCAUAUUAUGAUCACAUUGCAUUUCUUGAGGUCAACGUACAACCUUUUAUAUGUACGAUAUGCCAAAAAGUAGAUUUAAGUUUAGAUCAACAUAAAAAACACGUGGCGUCACAUGAUGGUUCUUUACCAUUUAAAUGUCCUCUAUGCGGACGUGGGUUUCUGUCGUCAACUAAUUUUACUGUUCAUUUACGGAGACAUGUACAGGAUUACAUUUAUAAUUGUGAGGUUUGCAAUAAGGCACUCGCAACAACUACAGAUUUGAAAGCACAUAUGCGUGUUCAUACCGGCGAAAAGCCAUUUGUUUGUGAGAUUUGUGGCAAAAGUUUUCGAUCCUUAUCACAAUUUAAUACACAUAUGCAUUGUCACGACGAUCAACCACAAUACAAGUGUUAUCUUUGCGAAAGAUGGUUCAAUAAAAAAUUGUCACGAGAAGAGCAUAUAAAGUGUGUUCAUCACAAAGCGCGUGACAAAAUCUGCCCAGUAUGUAAUAAAGCAUUCAACAGCGCAAAACAACUACGGCAACACAGAGAAAUCCAUGCCAUCCAAAAGAAAUAUGUGUGUAAGAUUUGUGGCAAACGCUUUGCACAAUGUGGUGGACUUAGUGGACAUGUGAAGACACAUGGUACAACACUAACUGAAAUGACUUCUAAAAGCAAUGACAUUUUUUAUAUAUAAUUUAAAAUAUUCUCUUAAUCAAUGUUAUUUGCAGCAAGCAUUUGCUUAAAAACGUUGUGAGUUAGAAUUUUUAGUUAUAUUAGUUUGUCAAAAAUGUCUUGCGGUAUUUUCGCUAGUUGGGGCUGAGAGCGCGUAGUUCU